AUGGAAGAAAUACAUCUCCCACUUGCGGCUUGUGCUGUGGGACCAGAUUUCGAUUUAUCGACCGCUCCUACGACUCCAGAUGGAAGUUUGACAUUUAGUCCUGUGUUACAAGCUUUGAGACUCGCGGAUUGCCCCGAUGAUUCGGGAUCGAAGACUAAAGAUAAGCACGAAGGACAUGGAACUUUGAAUGUGACUUUGGAGUCGGAUGUAGGUAGCGUGAAGAAUGUUUGUUGUAUUGGAGCUGGUUAUGUUGGUAUGUGGACUCUGGAGAACAGGAUAUUUUAUGAACUUGUCGAAACAAGAGGUCGCUGAUACGCCUUACUCGCAGGUGGGCCAACAGCAGCAAUGAUAGCUCUCCAAAACCCGCAACUGAAAGUUACAGUCGUCGAUCGAGAUCCAAUUCGAAUCAAACAGUGGAAUUCCAAACACCUACCAAUUCACGAACCUGGACUUGAGAACAUAAUACGAAUAACAAGAGAUGGCACAAGAGAGUUUUCCAUUCCAAUUUCAUCCUCUCCGACAAGCCCAUCACGAUUUUUCUUGAAAACCACAAGCCGAGAAACCACAGUUCCAGCCCGCUCGCCCAACUUGUUCUUCUCAACUGAUGUGGCAAAAAAUAUAAGCGAGGCAGAUAUUAUCUUCAUCUCAGUCAACACACCAACGAAGAAAUGCGGAAUCGGAGCUGGAAGAGCAACGGACAUGACGGCGGUAGAAGCUGUUUCGACAGAAGUAGCUAUGCACGCCAAAGCAGGAGCGAUAAUCGUGGAGAAAAGUACUGUUCCUUGCCGAACGGCGGAUAUGAUAAGAUCAAUAGUUGGUUUUUCCCCUCUUGAAAUCCCCUUUUCUCCUCAAAAUAAAAUAAUGAGGAGAAAGAAAUAGGAAAUGAACUGACAAUACAUCACUACAAAAAGCUUAAAAACUAUCGUCCAGAUUCACAUUUUGAAAUCCUUUCCAACCCUGAAUUUCUCUCCGAGGGAAUUUCAAUCCUUAAUCUCCUCACACCCUCCAGAAUUCUUAUUGGUUCAUCCCUCACACCUUCCGGCCUCCAGGCAGCCUCCAAACUCGCUUCUAUCUAUACUUCAUGGAUUCCGAAGUCCAAAAUUAUAACGACAAACACCUACUCUUCCGAACUCUCAAAACUUGUCGCCAACGCUUUCCUAGCACAAAGGAUAAGCUCUAUAAAUUCUAUCUCGGCACUCUGCGAGAAAACGGGUGCUUCAAUAUCCGAGGUGGCUCAGAGCGUCGGAACGGACGAAAGAAUCGGGAAUAAAUUUUUGAAGGCAGGUGUCGGGUUUGGAGGAAGCUGCUUUGGGAAGGAUGUUAGGAGUUUGAUGUAUAUCUCUGAAUCUUUAGGGCUGCAUGAGGUUAGCGAGUAUUGGGGGCAAGUUCUUGCGAUCAAUGAUUUUCAACAGAGGAGAUUUGUUCGACGUGUGGUAGGAUGUUUGAAUGGGAGUUUGCGAGGAAAGAAAGUUGCGGUUCUAGGUGUGGCUUUUAAGGGCGAGACUAAGGAUAUGAGGGAAUCUCCUACUUGGGGUGUUUUAGAGAUGUUGAUUCAAGAGGAGGCGGGUGCUGUUAUGGUUUGGGAUCCGAAAUGUGAGGUCCAGAGUGUGAAAGAGGAGAUUGGAAUGGUACUUGGGGAGAGUGUGUUGGCGGAAAAGGGAGGCAGGGCGCGGGUUGUGGGAGAUGUGUAUGCUGCCACGAGGGACUGUGAUGCGGUGCUGGUGAUGGUUGACACUCCUGAAUUUCGACUUUCUCACUCGAUAUCUCCUGCUUCCUCAGCUCGCAAGGAAUUCAAGGAUCCGAGACCCUUUCAGAAUGUCGAACCCACCGAGUCGGAAUUACUUUCUCUUCACGACUUUUUCGUUACGACGUCCAAUUCAAAAUCCGAAGAUGAAAGCGGCCCUUUGAAUCGAUUUUUACCUCCACCGGAAUGCCAGGAUGGUUGUACGAGCUGUGUGAAGGAUGGUGGGGAUAUGGAUACGAAAGUUGGAGAAAAGUUGGAUUGGGCGAGGAUCGUGUAUCAUCUUCGACAGCCGAAAUGGAUUUUUGACGGCAGAGGAGUUUUGAAGAGGGAAGAGAUUGAGAGAUUAGGGGGACGUUUAGAAGGGAUUGGAGAGGUUGGAAGAGGAGCAUGGAUUUGA